AUGAAGUCCGUCACAGCUUUGACAACACUGGUGGGCGUUGCCGCGGCCGAGUUCAACCCUCUGAACCACCUUGGUGCCAACAGCCCCUGGUUUGCCGGCCCCAACGUCUUUGGUAUCUCCAAUGAGGUUCCAGAGGGCUGCAAGGUCGACCAGGCUGUGUACAUCUCGCGCCAUGGCAGCCGUUACCCCGACCCUGGCGCCUACAAUGGCUGGGUUGAAUUGCACAAGAAGUUUCAAGAACACGAGUUCACAGCUUCGGGGUCGCUCGAAUUCCUGCCGAGCUGGGAGCCAGUCCUUGAUGACCCGGCACAACAGCUAGCCCAGGUGUCCCCAGGAGGCUAUGAUGAGCUGUACCACUUUGGCGUUGAGCUGAGGACGCGCUACCCAGGCUGGUACAAGUACGGCUCACCCUUCCAUGUCUGGGCCAACGACUACCAGAGGACCGUCGACUCAGCCAGACUCUUUGCCCGUGGCUAUGGAGGUCCCAACGCAACCACACUGGGCACUGUCAAGCCGAUCGCGGCCAAGGACCCGUCCGCCGUGGGCAACUCCCUGGCGACCUCUGAUUCUUGCCCCACGUACAACGACCGCUCUGGCGCCGGGUACACCGACGUCUGGGACAAGAUCUACUUGCCUCCUAUCGCGGAGCGCCUCAACAAGCUGAUUGAUGGCGACCUGGCUCUCACUGCGGACGAUGUGAGCAACUUCCCCUACCUCUGCGGUUUCGAGUCGCAGAUCACCCGCCAGACCAGCCCCUUCUGUGGUGUAUUCACCGAGGAGGAGACUCUGCAGUACGAAUACCGCCAGGAUCUCCGCUACUAUUAUGGCACCGGCCCUGGGAGCUACCACAACUCAUCCGUGAUGCUGCCUGUGAUUCAAGGUGUCAUUGACAUUCUCCAAUCUGGUCCCGAGACACCUCUCCAAGGCGCCGACAAUGGCGAAGACGUCGUGGGCCAGCUGACCGUCGCCUUCACCCACGACAACCAGAUCAAUCAACUGGCGUCGAACCUGGGUAUCUUUGACCACCAGGCCCCUCUUCCUGCCGACUCGAUGGACGAGGACCGCAUCUACGUGUCGAGCCGCAACAACCCCAUGCGCGGCACCGUGGCGUUUGAGCGCCUCAAUUGCGACGGCACGCUGUACCUGCGCCUGCUGCUCAACGACGCCGUGUACCCAGUCGCUGGCUGCGCGUGUGGUCCUGGGCGCUCGUGCCCGCUGGACAAGUACAAUGACAAGGUGCUGGCGGCUAAAUGGGAGGAGGCCGGUUCGUUUGAGGACUUUUGCGAUCUCCCAGACGGGGCGGCGACGACGUCCAAGACGGGUGGUGUGACGUUCUUCACUGACAUGACUCUGGGUGCUAUUCGAGAUGUUGAGCCUUGA